AUGGAUGUAUUACACUAUUCAUUUAGUUUAAGUGCUUGUCCAAAAUGCCAUUUACUUGUAUGUAAACAUACAAGUCUUGCGAAUCUUGACUUUCGUUCAAUCGAACAACAACAACAACAACAACAAGAAAAACAAUCAAUUAAUGAAUCUAACAAUACAACAUCAAAUAAUGUUAAAAAUCGUUAUCAAAGAUUUUCAUCUCAUGGUAUGAAUUUUUAUAUAUUACCAUCAACAACAACAGCAACAUCUGAUAAUCGUCAUAGUUGGACAACAUUUGGUACAGGUUCAAAUGAAAGUACAAAUACACUUGAAAAUUUAUCUAUUGAUAAUGAAACAUUAUGUGAUAAUAUUCCAUUUGCUAAUGAAAAUAUAAUACAUUCAUCAUUAUCAUUAAAACCUUCAUUAAAUCAAAUAGUUCGUACACAAUCUGAACGUUGUCAAAAAAAUUUUAAACCACGUAUUUGUUUAACAAAAAGUUAUUCAUUUUCAACUAUAUAUACAACACCAAAAUCAACUAAAUCAUUAACAUUAUCUCCACAUAUACAACAAAAUAAAAAUCAAACAAAUAAAUUACAUUCAAAGUUAUCAAUAUUAUUUAUUACUAUUCUUAUUAUAUCAUAUCUUUUAACAAAUACAUUAGAUAUUGUUCUUCUUUAUAUAUAUUAUCAUACGAAUUAUGCCUAUUUUAUAAUUUUUACAUUUAUUCUUUUAACUUGUGAUAUUAUUUUAUGGAUAAAUAAUUUAAUUGAUAUUAAAAAUCUUUCAACACGUUUAUUACUAAUACCAUUUUUAAUACGUCUUUAUAUACUUUAUCGACUUGUUGAAUUAAUGAUAAUUAUAUUUAAUAAAAAUUUUAUUGAUAAUACACAAAUAUUUAAUUCAUCAUCAACACCAUCAUCAUCAACAACGACAACACUCGAAACAAAUCUAUCACAAACAACGAAUUCAUGUCUUAUUCGUAAUCAACAUAUAACUCAAUCAUAUAAAACAAUCAAACGACGAUUAUUUCAUUAUUUAACAUUGUUUUAUCUUAUUCAUUCAAGUCUUGUGGUUUUUAUUAACCUGUAUUUUUGGUCAAAUAAUUUUCAACCAUCAACAAAAUCAAUAUUAAAUAUGGAUUAUUUUAUUCCACAGUGGACAACAGAUAAUGAUUUAUUGCUGCCGACAUCAAUGAAUAUGAUACCUGUUCGAUCUCCAUUAACAUAUGAUAAUUUAAAGUAUUUUCUUUUUGAAAAUACAACUAUCAUAACAAUGGCAGCACGACAACAAUUAUCUCAAGAAUUGAUAUUUAUUUGUUUGAAAUUUGGUAUAACUUAUCAAUCGAUUCAAAUUGAUAAAUCAAAUCCGAAUGUUCUUAUUGAACUUAAUCGAUAUGCAGUUGACAUUGUAUCAAAAGCCAUUGGCAGUCUCGAAGUGAAUAAUCAUCGUCAUCAUAUUAAAUUAUUUCUCAUAUCACCAGAUCAUCAGCCACCCAGUUUAAAAUUAAUAACACGUUCAAGUGACUUAACACCAACAUGUUUUAUUGAAAUAAUUAUAUGGCGUUCAGAUCAAGAAACAUUUACUGCACCCCUCGAUCAUGUACUUGCUGAACAUAGUUAUAAAAAACCAACAUAUUGUUCAGCUUGUGAUUAUUUUAUGUGGGGUUUAAUCAAACAAGGUAAACGAUGUAAACUAUGUCGACGUGAUUUUCAUCAUCAAUGUGCUGAACAUUUACCAGCUGAUUGUCCAGGUACAGACACAAGACGUGGUUCAUCAUUACGUCGUGAAUCAUCAAAUACAACGGUUAGUUCAAUGUCACAAGGUCAGGUGUAUACGGAUCAGGAUUUUUCAAGUGUAUCUCACACUCCACAAAAACGAACAAAACUUGGAAAAUUAUUUAAUGUUUCAAUAUCAAAACAUCCAUCAUCAAAUUCAAAAUCAUCAGGAAACUCGUCGUCAUCAAUACUUUCAACAUCAUCAAAAUCAACUCCGUCAAAAUCAAUUUUAACAAAUUCAAAUAAAAAUAGUGAUAAUCAAAAUUCUUCAUUAAAUAAUAUAAAUGACACAUCAAUACCAAAUCCAUCGACAAAUAAUUCACGUCGAAAUGCACGUUUUCAACAAGAUCAAAAUGCAAAUAUAAAUACUCGAUCAUCAAUAUCAGCACAACUGAAUUUUAAACAAAAUCAACGUAAAGAUAUUAAAUUAACAAAUUGUCAUGAAAAAGAUGGUGUAUGGACAGCAACAGGACAAUUUGGUCGAGAAAGUCGACAUAGUAAACGUACAGAAAUAUCAUAUGAUAAGAAAAAAUUUCGAUUUAUACAAAAAGAUGAUCAAGGAAACAAAAAUGUUUUUGAAAUACCAGCAACAGAUAUUGAAGGUUGUCGGUCUCAAUCAGCAUCUAGUUCAGCUGCAAAUGGUUCACAAUCAGUCGACAAUAUAUCUGGAUCAUCACCGUCUCAAGCAGUAGUUUAUCAAAAAUUAGCUUGUUUACUUCUUGAGACAAUAAAUGAAGCUGUACAAUCAACAAAAGAUCAUAAAGCACGUUCAUCAUUUAAAAUCGUUCGUGGCAGUGAAAAUGAUACGAAAGAUUUUGCGGAUUUAUAUGAUAUGAAUGAAAAAGAUAUUCUUGGUAUGGGUCGUUUUGGUAUGGUAUUUGGUGGUACAAUGCGUCGGAAUGGUGUACGUGUCGCAAUAAAAAAAAUUCAAACAACACAAUGCACACAAAAAGAUCGAGAAAAUAUUGAACAAGAAGCCGCUUAUCUAUUUCAACUUAAUCAUCCAGGCAUUCUGAAAUUUGAAGGUAUAUUUGAUUUUGAACAUCAUAUACUGCUUGUUACCGAACGAUUAGAUACUGACAUGUUAAAUUUUAUUCUGUCAAAUGCAAAUCCAAAAUCUCGUCUUAAUGAAGAUGUUACAAGAUUUCUUGCUUUUCAACUUGUUGCUGCUAUUCGUUAUCUACAUUUUAAAAAUAUAGCACACUGCGAUUUAAAACCUGAUAAUGUUUUAAUCAACAUAUUUCCUGAUGAUGUGGUACAUUUAAAAGUUGGUGAUUUCGGUUAUGCACGAACAAUUCAUGAACAUUCAUUACGUUAUACAAAAGUCGGUACUACUGCUUAUUUACCACCAGAGGUUUCUCUUGAUCAAUGGCGACGUGCUAAAGGUUACAAUAAAACUGUGGAUAUGUGGGCUAUUGGUGUCAUUAUAUUUGUAAGUAUAACUGGCUAUUUUCCAUUUCAUGAAGAUAUGAAUAUAUUACCACAACUGGACAAUAUUCCACAAUUGUUUCAAGAUGAAUUAUUUAAUUGUGUAACAGAAGAAGUAAAAGAUUUAUUACGUUGUCGUUUAUUAGUACCGGAUGCAGGUCAUCGUAUGCAUUCAGCAGGUGUUAUUUAUCAUGAUUGGUUUCAAAAAUCUCAAAAGUUACUUGUAUCAUGUCGACAAUUAGAAGAAUGCUUAGAGAAAAAAUGGUUAACAUUAUUUUUUGAAGAAGCUGAUUCAAAUUCAACAAUACCCUUUGCAACCGUUGAAGAAAAUGACAGUAGUUAA